AUGAACAGCCGAACGCCCCGUUCCAAACUUGCCUUCAUUCGACUCUUGUGGACAUCUUACCAGACGGGAGUCACGCUGCAAAACUCCCUCUUCCAAUCAGUCAAGCUCAUGGGGCUUCCAGCACUUAUACAUCUAAUCUCUUCUGGAAAGCGUGGUCUACACCAUAAUAUUCCACCCCACGAUCCUGAAUGCAAAUUACCCGCUUAUUGGGCCUCAUCCCCCUUCCGACCUUUGAAGGCCGAUCCGAACUCCUCUGCAAUCACUCUGCUGGUUCUGUACUUGCUCUCGAUUGUCACGAACAUGAACAUUUCUUUUCUCUUGGGUUUCAACGACUUGAACUGGUUAGACUGGUCACUGAAUGCGCCACGAGCAUGUGAGCACGGCACACCAGGCAGGAAUUAUUGGCGUGUAUAGGCGUGCAUCGACGAUAUCGACGUGGAUGUAUGCGCCGAUAAUCUGUGCAGUGCCCAUAACG